AUGAUGGCGACACUGGUGGGCAUAACGAUUUGCUGCCUCGGCAACCAGGACCAUAGCGAUGAGGCGAUGAGAAGGCUCAUGUUCGACAUGGAUCCGGACUCGAAGGAUAAGGGCCCCAUGUACUUUGGGGACGCGGGUAUGUACACGGACGAGGUGAAUCACGUCAAGUACCCCGAGGAGGUGCGAUUCCCUCAGUCCUACCUCGCCUUCUGCGUGGACCGCGAGGAAACCGAGGACGAGGACAAGAACUACGUCACGUGGGGCGUCAGGGCCAAGGCGCACUGGGAACAUGUGAAGUGGGCCAGGAUAGCGAAGCGCACGUUCGAGGACGAUCCGGACCGGGAGGCUGGCAUCUUGUGGAACCGUAGCGUGUUGUCUCCGUCCAAGUGCCGGGUAAUCGGAAACAUGUUCUGCAUCCGGUCCUACACCAAGGCAAGCGCCAUCCACUUGGGUUAUUUUUACGUUUUGUUACGCAAGAUCGGGAGCGAUGAAGCUGUUGCGGGUCGAAAGGAAGGGGCAUUGCGCCUGUUGGAGGAGGACCCGUACCGAAAGAGCGGGCUGUUCGGGACGGUUUCGCUGUACCGCUACCCGUACAACAUGGGCGGCGGGUUCAACUGGCAUUUGUCCAACUUUCCCUACCUGGCGCUCUGCAUGGACAAGAAGGGGAAGGCCAAGCUCAGGGAGAAGAACAACGACGCGCACCUCGAGUACUACGAGAAGACCAGGAGACGAUGCAUCGGCGAGGGGCCUAUUCUAAGCUCCGACUUGGCGGAGGACAGCCCCAGGAAUAAACCGGUCGGCUCCCUCAUGUUCUUCAACGCCAUCAACGACGAGGAGGCGAGGGAGACGGCGGAGGGGGACCCUUUCAACCAGGCGGGCUUGUACGACAGCGUGUUCGUUGCCAGAUUCAACGAGAUCGAUUUGAGUGGGAUCGGCCUCGUGAGGGCUAACAGGAUUGACCCUAUGCGGGACAUGAUGGCUCAGGAGGGUCUUGACCGUGAAUGCGAGUACCCGGUUAAGUUCGGCAAGUACGACCUUUUCGAGAACAUGAAGUGGCUCAAGACCGAGGUGGAGAAGAAACAGGAGCAGCAGUACAUGGAGCACAGGCUCAAGCUCUACCAGCAGAGGUGCGUGGGUGGCGGUGCUGUAGUUACCUCGGCUGAUGACACGCCUCGCUGGUAUGACGGUAUGCCCUCCUACGGAGGUCGAAACGUUCGGGCAGGGACAGCAGUGAAAGCACCAGUAUCGGCAGCUGUGGAGGGUUUCAGCGAUGUGUGGCUGAAGGCCGCUCACACAGUUGUGGUGGCUAGGGACCGACGGAUAGAGAGGGAGGAGGUCAACGAAGGCGCCCUGUUCAGGCCCGGAGUCUACGUGUACAUGGGGAAGCGGACCGAGACAGAGUGGUACGACUAUUGGCCCACAAAAGCAGGCCCUGACGCCGACGCCGCUGGCGAAGAGUUUUACACCAUGGAUGCCUGCUACCCUCCGGUCGACCACUUCGAGGACGACCUAGACUGAUCCAAGUCCUACGUAGUCAAGGUGGAAUUGUGAAUCAAGAAUUGGUUUUAUGAUUUGCAAUCUCUUGAAACUACGUCAGUUUGGCCUGGAAGUCCGUGUGACAUUCUGAGGGAUGGAGGAAGGUUGAGUUUGAAGCUCGGAUUUCCGCUCCGAAUUCGGCGUGAAAUUUGAGAUGAGUUCGGACGUUGGGUAUUUGCUUGUAUCGGGCAGUUAGGCUCUUUCGAGACUUCACGCAUUACCGUUGUGAUUUGCGUUGCUCAGUUCGAGGUGUGAAGUGUGGGGUUGAGUUCCGCCCGCUAAAUUUUGGUACGGGUUUGAAUACCGAUCAUGUCGGCUAAUGUUGAGCCGUGACGAAUUUCACUGACAUUCUUGUAUCCAGCCCUACGCGGUUUCCGGUCCGAAAGGAACGGGCUUGUGUCACACACACAUUGGGAGCUCCGCACCGGUCCAUAGCCUUGAAAAGUCACGACAACGCCACUGCGAACGACUUGCUUGUGAAGACAAAAUUGAAGCCGGCUCUCGGCGAAGAUCCGCGAAAGAUUAUAGGGGUAUCCGUGCGCUCCGAAGGCCAGCGCCAUUCCGGCAUUGAGGGGGGAGGCUGGUGGUGUGUAGGCCUCGAACAACCCUUUCAGGCAAAGGGGGCUGAUUGAGCGGGGAACCGCCGUACUUAUCCGCGGCUGGUUCACCAAACCCUCGAGUCAUUGAAAUUCCGAGGCGACUCAAUCCGCGGGUGAGACGUUGAGCUUGCGAUCGUUACCGAUAAGUGUGGGAUCCGUGGUUGUUUUCCGGUGUGCGCACACCCGAAUCUCUUCGUCGCCGUUAUGUGUGCCGGUCUGUUUUGGACUCUCAGAGAGAAGUAAGCCAAGGCGUUGGAAUACGUCGGCAUCUAUCAAACGUUAGGCUUGCUUACAACCGUUCUAUGCAGACAGCACCACCAGGUUGCGUUCGAAACUCACUCAGCCGACACUUCUAAACUUUGAAACGAACACAAAACCGUUGGCACAGCCUUGACCCAGCUAGGACAUUAAUUACCCCAUUUCGACGCGGUAUACUAGCAGUAUUGCUUGUGCAUCUAUUUCUUACGUCCCCCCAAACCUGCCUUGCCUUGUCGGCGGCUCCUUUGCACCCUGGGUUCGGUACCGCCGCCAGAGCACUUUGAACUCCACUUCGUCGCACUGUUCCAUAGGACCCACAACCAUGCCAGCACUGAAAACACAAUAUGUAUACUUCGUUGAUGCCGGAGCUGUCGAACCCGCCUGCGAUGCAUGCUCGACGGUGAGAUACAUCAUAUUCCAAUUGCGUACGAAUCCUGGUCGUGUGUUUCAGUACCACCGGCUUGCACGCACGAAAGACUCGACACAUGCUCGCACCAGAACCCCUUACGACUUUGACAAGUGCGCGAAGAAGCCCUAGAGAAAAAGGUCCUUCGUCGUGUGCCUGUGACGCUGAAAGCCGCCUGAUGUUGUUGGUAUUCUUUAGGACAAGACGAUCGUCAAAUCGCAAUAUAAGUUUCUGUGGAUGCCUGCUGUUGGAGGGUGUCCGUGGUACCCACAUUUGAUGACUUCGGACCAGCGCCUAGAAAGGAUAGUCCGUUGGACGUGAU